GACUUCCCUGUGCCUUCGCCCAAUGCUCGGCUACCAUUUCCUUCCGUCUUGGCCUCGCUUGGUGUUUAACCGCGCGCGCACCACAAGGCCGGGGGCUGAGGCGGCCGGGCUCUCCGGGCCAGCCUCUCCCCUGGACCCCGCCCCGCCGGGAGUUCUGCAGCUCCCGCUGUCCAGCACCCGCAGUCUCAGCCGAGGUUGCCGCGGCGCCAAGACACAAGUCAUCUCCCCCAGCAAGCGGGCCCGGCCUGCGGAGGAAAGCCGCAAGCGACUCCGCUUUGCCCGGCUCUCAGAGCACGCCACUGCCCCAACCAAAGGGUCUGAGCGCGCCGCGGGAUAUGACCUGUAUAGUGCCUACGAUUACACAGUACUGCCGAUGGAGAAAGCCAUUGUGAAAACCGACAUUCAGAUAGCUCUUCCUUCUGGGUGCUAUGGGCGAGUAGCUCCACGUUCUGGCUUGGCUGCAAAACACUUCAUAGAUGUAGGAGCUGGUGUCAUAGAUGAAGAUUAUAGAGGAAAUGUUGGUGUUGUACUAUUUAAUUUUGGCAAAGAAAAGUUUGAAGUCAAAAAGGGUGAUCGAAUCGCACAGCUCAUUUGUGAACGGAUUUUUUACCCAGAAAUAGAGGAAGUUCAAGUUUUGGAUGACACCAAAAGGGGUUCAGGAGGUUUUGGUUCCACUGGAACGAAUUAAAAUUUACGCCAAGAACAGAAAAUGAGAAAAUGUACUUUUUCCUUUAAAAUAAAAACUUUGCUUCAAGUG